AUCCGCAACGUCACUUCCGGCCAUCUUUUCCCUUGUGUAGCAUCCGUGGUCUCCAUAGUGAUUGGUCGGCGACCUGAUAGAGGACUGUGACUGCGGCAACCUGUGAGCCGCCUUACCUGUACGAGGCGGGCGGGAUGGACAAGGAGGACCCAGAGGGGCUGCAGACAAAACUUGUCCAGAACCAGCCAUAUGACGAGAGCCUUGAUAUUAAUGACUCGGAGGACGUUGCUAGUAUUCACUCUCCAACUCCACGUAAACCAGCUCCUAAACUUUUAUCUGGGAAAUUGAAAGGUAUAAUGCAUCCAAUCAGCCGUGGAGGUGAUGACAUGAAUAAGAAAGGGAAAGCUGCUAAUAAGCCUGGAGAGGUUCGUGUCAGCUCUCAACACGAAUUUAGUGAUGAUGAAGAUCUAGACAAUACAGGCGAUGAGGAUGAUGAUGAAGAUGAUGAUGAUGAUGACGAUGACGACGACGAUGAUGACGACGAGGAAGACGAGGAAGGAAAUAGCAUUUCAAAUGUAGGUUAUGACCCCACAGACUUUGAACAUCUCGCAGUGACAUCGGACAUUAAAGAGCUGUUCCAGUACAUUAUCAGAUACACUCCGCACACCAUAGAUUUGGACCACAGAUUGAAACCUUUUAUUCCAGACUUUAUUCCUGCUGUCGGAGAUAUUGAUGCAUUCCUAAAGGUUCCACGGCCUGAUAGUAAACCAGAUAACCUUGGCUUGUUAACUCUAGAUGAACCAUCAACAAAGCAAUCGGAUUCCACUGUUAUGGCUCUAUGGUUGACUGAAGGCUCAAAGCAACACAGUGUUUCGCAGCAGCAAAUAAAAGUGAAGAGUCUGGACAAUGCAGAAAGGAAUCACAAAGCUAUAGAUUCUUGGAUGGCAAGCAUCAGCGAAUUGCAUCAUUCAAAACCACCUGCCAGCGUUCACUAUACUCGGCCUAUGCCAGAAGUUGAAACAUUAAUGCAGGAGUGGCUGCCAGAAUUUGAAGAACUCCUUGGAAAGGUUAGUUUACCAUCGGCUGAUUUGGAUUGUGACCUAGCCACCUAUAUUGAUAUGAUAUGUGGUAUCGUGGAUAUCCCUGUUUACAAGAGUCGUAUACAGUCUUUACAUGUCCUCUUUUCUCUGUACUCUGAAUUUAAGAACUCUCAGCAUUUUAAAGCUUUAGUUGAGGGAAAGAAGGAAAGAAAUUCAUCUGGCAAUAGUGCAACCACAAGCAAGGAUAAUGAAAGUACCCCCUACAACUAAAAAGAUCUUUAUCACAUUUCUGACUGAUCUUGUGGUAAAUAUUUACAGGAUUAGUCUAUCCAAUCAGUCUACUUGUUAUUCUACACUUAGGAAAAUGCUGGAAAGUUGAAACUGGACCGAUUUUGAAUGUAUUUUUCUAUAGAGUGCAUCAAGUUUGGGAAGACACAAAACAUUGGAUGUGGGCACACAGAUUCAUAAAUGAUGGCAGGGAGUCCUUGCCACUGGAAUCUACAAGGAGUUGUUUUGCAAUUGGCCACCUAAAACACGUUUUGUCUUACUUCCAUUUUUUUUGUGAAUCAUCCACAUUUGUUAGCACAUGGAAAAGUAAAAUAGAAAUUAGUAAGUGGUCUCCAGUGUGCAAAUGAUAAAACUACCCUUGUUAUUUCUAAUCCUAUGCCAUCUACGUAUAUAACAGCCAAUAGGAAAAUAAUUCUAGCCAAUCGAGAAAGCAGGCAUGAUUUCAUUGUAUCUGGGUAGAGCUGUCGUGAAGGUAGUGUGGAUUUUUACAGUGUUUUCAGAGCUGCUAUCCAGGAAUUGUUCAAGAACUGUGACGUGAGAGAGGGAGCAAUGUAGAGCUUACAAGAGCUUCUGUGCAAAGGAACAUUUAGAUUAGAUGGCAAGAGGAAUAGCAAGGAUUUUUUAAGACAAGUGUACUUGAUUUAAAAUCUCUUCUAAGUUAUGCACUUGUGAUACUUUGUAUAUUUCUAUUAUAUGAAUUACAUUUGAACAAUAUUUACCCUUAGUAUCAUCAAAGGAUCACAUCAAUAUAUUUUUUUGUCCUGUAGAUCUUUGUAAAUACAAAAGUCUGUGCGAAUUAUAUACUUUAUAUUUUCUGUAAAAGUAAUGUUAAUUCCGUUGUUUAUAUUACAUUUCACAUACAAUUUUUAAAGCAA